GUACAACACUGACCAAGGAGCGAUGGACCAGCAAUUCUGCUUGCGCUGGAACAAUCAUCCCUCAAAUCUGACCGGCGUGCUCACCUCGCUGCUUCAGCGGGAGGCACUAUGCGAUGUCACGCUCGCCUGCGAGGGCGAAACAGUCAAGGCUCACCAAACCAUUUUGUCAGCCUGCAGUCCGUACUUCGAGACGAUUUUCCUACAGAACCAGCAUCCACAUCCCAUCAUCUACUUGAAAGAUGUCAGAUACUCAGAGAUGCGCUCUCUGCUCGACUUCAUGUACAAGGGCGAGGUCAACGUCGGUCAGAGUUCGCUGCCGAUGUUUCUCAAAACGGCCGAGAGCCUGCAGGUGCGUGGUCUCACAGAUAACAACAAUCUUAAUUACCGCUCCGACUGCGACAAGCUGCGCGAUUCCGCGGCCAGUUCGCCGACCGGCCGUGGGCCGAGUAAUUAUGCCGGCGGCGCUGGGGGCGUGGCCGAUGCGAUGCGCGAAUCCCGCGACUCCCUGCGCUCCCGCUGCGAACGGGAUCUGCGCGACGAGCUGACGCAGCGCAGCAGCAGCAGCAUGAGCGAGCGCAGCUCGGCGGCAGCGGCGGCAGCGGCAGCAGCGGUAGCGGCCGCCGGCGGUAAUGUCAAUGCGGCCGCCGUCGCCCUAGGGCUGACCACGCCCAGCGGCGGCGAACGAUCUCCGAGCGUCGGCAGCGCCAGUGCGGCGGCGGCCGCCGCGGCGGUUGCUGCGGCGGUUGCAGCGGCCGCCAAUCGAAGUGCCAGCGCAGACGGUUGCAGCGAUCGCGGUAGCGAGCGCGGUACGCUCGAACGGACCGACAGUCGCGAUGAUCUGUUGCAAUUGGAUUAUAGCAACAAGGAUAAUAACAAUAGCAACAGCAGCAGUACCGGCAACAACAAUAAUAAUAACAACAACAACAAUAAUAAUAGCAGCAGCAACAACAACAACAACAAUAGGGAGCGAAACAACAGCAGAGAGCGUGAGCGGGAAAGAGAACGUGAGCGAGACAGGGACAGGGAGCUGUCCACCACGCCGGUGGAGCAGCUGAGUAGUAGUAAGCGCAGACGUAAGAACUCAUCAUCCAACUGUGAUAACUCGCUGUCCUCGAGCCACCAGGACAGGCACUACCCGCAGGACUCUCAGGCCAACUUUAAGUCGAGUCCCGUGCCCAAGACGGGCGGCAGCACCUCGGAGUCGGAGGACGCCGGCGGCCGCCACGACUCGCCGCUCUCGAUGACCACCAGCGUACACCUGGGCGGCGGUGGUGGCAAUGUGGGCGCGGCCAGUGCCCUGAGCGGCCUGAGCCAGUCCUUGAGCAUCAAGCAGGAGCUGAUGGACGCCCAACAGCAGCAGCAGCAUCGCGAGCAUCACGUUGGCCUGCCGCCGGAUUACUUGCCGAGCGCUGCUCUGAAGCUGCACGCGGAGGACAUGUCCACCUUGCUGACGCAGCAUGCUUUGCAAGCAGCAGAUGCGCGGGACGAGCACAACGAUGCCAAACAGCUGCAGCUGGAUCAGACGGACAAUAUAGACGGCUCCAAGGCCUGGCACAUGCGGCUAACUUUCGAGCGCCUCUCGGGCGGCUGCAACCUGCACCGUUGCAAGCUGUGCGGCAAGGUCGUCACCCACAUCCGCAACCACUACCACGUCCACUUCCCGGGCCGCUUCGAGUGUCCGCUGUGCAGGGCCACCUACACUCGCAGCGACAACCUGCGCACCCACUGCAAGUUCAAACAUCCCAUGUACAAUCCGGAUACGCGCAAGUUCGACAACCUAAUGUCCUCGUCGGCGGUGGGGGCGGCGGCCACGCCCACGGCCAGCCAGCUAGCGGUUGCCUCCCAAGCGGCAAUGGCAGCGGCAGCCGCGGCGGCCUUUAAUGCAGCGCAACACCAACAACAGCAGCAGCAGCAGCAACAUCAACACCAGCAACAGCAACAGCAGCAGCAACACCAGCAGUCGCAGCAACAGUCGCAGCAGCAACAGCAGCAGCAGUCCCAGCAGCAACUCCAUGCCCUCGCCCAGCAACACAUGUUGCAGCUGCAGCCGCAACACCACCAGCAGCAGCAACACAAUGCCACAAGUGAAUGAUACAGUCAGUAUCUGGGAUGGAACUAUGGUGCCUGGCGCCCCGAUGACUCCAACCCCAAGCAGCAACAUCGCAAGGCUCAGCCCUUUAACUUUUAUGCCCGCGACUACUACCACCAGCAUCAGCAGCAGCAGCAGCCACAGUCGCUCAGCACUAGCCUAAGCAACGGCAAUGCGAGACAACAGCAGCAACGGCGUCAGCAGGAGCAACAUCAACCUGCCCAGACGAUCAUCAUCGAUGAGAGCGACAAUGAGCUGGAGCUGGAGGAGCAGCAGAUGAGGCUGAACUUCGAGCGGUAUAUGGAACAGCUGAAGCAGCUGGCGCCCUACGAUCCCCAAGAAACUUUGUGCAAUAGCAACACCAAUACCAAUACCAAUAUCAAUAACAUUAACAGCAGCAUCAGCAGCAGCGGCGAGCCCACGAAUGCCAAUCAAAAGGAAGCUACUACAACUACUACUAAUAGUAAUAUUAAUGAUAACAAUAGUUAUGCUAACAACAGCACUAGGAACUGCAACAAAAGGCCGCAUCAGCAGCAGGAGCAGCAACAGGAGUAACUGCAGCAACCACAUUCGCAAACACAUCAUCAGCAACAGCAACCAAUUGAUACUCAAAGCAAAGUUAAUUUAGAUGAGAAACGCGUAUAAGAUCUUAAAUGUUGAAACGAUUUAAGGGUAAGCCAAAUUUUUUUGUCAAUUAUGUAGGCGAAAUAUGGAGAGGAGAGGAUAAAUCGCCGGCUGCGAGAAGGAAUCUAAUGCUGAUCUGUGCAGGCAGCGACACAUUGUCAUGGUUUCAACUAGAUACGGAUGUUGCAGUCACACACACACACUUAUAUACAGUAUAGUAAGAGAUUUAUUUGUAAUGGAGUUUUAAUUGUAAAAGUCUUGUUCGUGGGGCAAGCAAAAGGGUUUCUAAGAAAGCUAAGAAGAGGGUGGAAUUUAGGGCGAAAUGGAAAAAAAAAGUUUUAAUUAGCAGCACUCAAAUAUUUACAACAAAAACAAAAACAAAAAGCUUGAACUAAACGUAACCUAAUUGUAUUUAAAGAACUACUCAUAUAUGGAAUUACAAAUUUUACAAAUUAAAAUCGUUGGACCUGUCAGACAUUUGUGCCAAAAUCUCUUGGUGGUAGUGCCAACUUCCUUGGCUGCACUCUCUCUUUUUGCACCUGUUCGUUGUUGCAUUUAACACUAAUAUGUGCACACCCACAGCCACACACCCCCACACUAACCCACCCACCCGGAAACCACUCUGAUACUCUACAAAAAAUUGAAAGUUAGGAGCAAACACCGAACAUUGAAGACAUUUAAAACGAGAGAUUUCUAUGCUGCUAACCAUUUUACUGUUUUAUAUAAAUGUAUAUUUAAUUACGAUCUAAUGGAUGUCAUGAGUUACGCAUAAAUAACGAGAAUUGUAAAAUAGAAUGAUAGCAUUACUGGACCUAACCGAUCUUAUCUAUAAAACAAUAUUCAAUGGGAUUUUCUCUGCAUAUAGAUAUAUCAAUGAUGUGCAAAUCGGUGCGUUUGAUCGAUGUUAGUUGACCUUGAAGACAUGCAUUACGGCAGCCCUAAUCUUAGCGAAUCAGUUUUAAACUUAUCUAAUCUAAACUAAACUAAUUCACUGAUUAUGGAUACUAAACUAAUGUUAAAUUAUUUAUAACCAUCCUGGGAGUGUGUGCGAAUGAGUCUCGAACUGAGCGAUUGCCAAUGGAUCGAAUCCGAUCUGAUCUGAUGUAUUAUAUGCAUGUGGCCGAAUUUGUUAUCCAGUCUAUAUAAUCUACCUACUUAUAUAAACAUGCGUGAGCUAAUAUUAAUAUUCGCUGACUCUUAUUACGGUGUAAAUAUGAUUGAAAAUUCUCCCACGAUUUCUGAUAGUUUUUGUAAUUUGUUGUUGUAUAUUGAUUGCCAAAUCCCAGAUAUUGGUGCGCACACACACAAACACGAACAUAUGCAAACAAGCAAAAACAAAUCACAUAAACAAACACACACGUCUAAUUGCCUAAAGAAUUAAUGCAUAAUUCUUAAUAUAUAGUUAUAUAUUAUAUACACACAUAUUCAUAAUAUUUAUUUGUUCUACUUCUUAACAUGAAAUGUUUAGUAAUUAAAUUUACAUUAUUAAUAAUGCUACAUCAAAUACUGCCCCCACUUAAUGUUUGUUUAAUGUUUAUUUUUAACGCUGUUUUGUUAAACAAAAAUUUAAGAAAUUUAUCUAUAUAUGAUGUGAUAACUAUAGUAAAACUAAACACACACACGCCCACAAACACACAAAAAAACACACCCACACAUUACAAAUUGAAAUUAUGUUAAUUAAGCCGGAAUGUAGAGAGUUGAAGUUUUUUUAAAAAACGAUCGAAAGUAAUCUAUAGUUUGUGUGGUAUGCAAAAUGGUGCUAAAUCCAAAUAUACUUUAAAGUAUAAUGAGUAGGUCAAGAGGGAAUGAAAGGAGGAGGUCAGCUCUCCUUGAAUCGUAUCGUAUGUGCAAUAUGACUAGUUUUCGUUUAAGGUGCAGGAUGUUGACGAGACCACGCAAAAGCCAACCAUUUGAAUUAUGCGAAGAAAAAUAUCAAAAAAUAAAAAUAUGUGUAAAUACAAAGCGGUGCUUACCCCCCACAUCAAUUUAAAAAAAAUAAUGCUGUGCUGCAUUUUGAAGCUAUUCGAAAUUCUUUUAAAUGUCACAAAAAUUUGGAGGAGAGACACCGCCAGAAAACUAAAUAAAUGUUAGCAUAUCACUAUGAAUAUGAUUAUAAAUAUAUAUAUACAUCUGAUAAAGCAGCAGGUAGAAGAGCAGUUAGUUAAUGAGAAGUUUUCGCUACAAUUUCUGUGUCUAUUUACAAUAAAUGUCAUCAAGCUUAUCAAAUUACCGAAACACACCACCAACACAAAAACCACACACAGCCCAAAAACACUCUCAUAUUUAUUUUGGUGCCUUUUUUAAACUAUUUUGAAUUCAGUACUUGAUUUCGAUUUUGACUUUGACUUUGACUUCGUUUAACCAAUUUUAACAGCAUUUUUGCAGUCGAUCAGAAGUGGUUCGAACCUCUAAUUUUAAUGACGUGCUAGUUUCAAUGUAAACUUAGUUUAAUAUAAUUUUUGUAUUAAUAAAUGCAAUACAAACUA